AUGGAUAUAAGAGAAAAAUUCAAAAUGGCAAUUAAAACUUGCAAAUCGUAUUAAUUUAAGCGUUAUUUUAUUCAAAUGAUUUAUUAGCGCUUGUGGGUUUUAGAAAGUGAAUAUCAUUGCUCUUAUGAAGAGAAUAAGAAUAAAGAUUAUUCAGAAGUUAUUGGCAGCUUAUAAAAAAUGAUAAAUGCAUUAUAAGUCUUAAGAAACCAUCCAAAAUUCGAUUAAUUUGGAAAAAAUGGAUAAUUUUGGGAUUCUUAUCGUGUAAUUUCAGAACUUUUUAACGAAUUUGUGCUACGUUUAAAGUAAUGUCGCUUCGUUUAUACUUGCGGAGUUGAUAAUGGAAUUCUUGAUCUACUAAUGGUGCCAGACACAGGUUUCUACAAAUAAAUUUUCUAGAAGAUAGAUGCAAUGCAUGAUUAUUUAAAGGAAUCAGCUAAAAAAUGGGGAGUAAUCAAGGAACUUGAGUCUGAAUUGUCUCUUUUGUUUUGGUACACUGAAAUUUAAAAUCAAAAUUAAACUUAGAAAAUAGAAACUAUAACCUAUAGCUAACUUUAGAACUGCUUAGACUAAUUUAGUUUAAAAUUUGAAAAUUUGAGAUUCGAUUAAAACUCUCUAGUUAAAUUGUAGCAAGAAAAAAGUGUUUUAAAUGCUGCAUAAAAUAUUUUGAGCAAGUACAAACCAGGUCUUGUUGGACCUGAUUAUGUGGAAACUGUGAUGAAUAUUGUAUAUGCAAAUCCUAGUCUUAAAUAUACUAUUUUUUGCAAAGAAAAGAACGAAAAUAUGUAAUAGUCUCUUUUCGGCUAAGAGUCUUUGGCAAUAGGAUAUGCAGAACCUCUAUACCUACAAGUGGUAGAGUGUCUAAUGGAUCUUUCAAAUGUGAAGCACAACGAAAUUAUUAAAAUAACACCAAAAACAAUCACUUUAGGUGAAGGUAAAGAAUAACCAUUAAACCAGCCAGGAGUAGUCUACUUUGGUCGCUAAACGAAUAAAAAUUAGCCUAUUUAAAACGAUGUUUCUUUUCCCUCUUAGGUAACGAGGGUUUCUCGCCAAUAAUUCUAAAUUGUCUGUGAAAGUAUGAAUUACUAUUCAAUUAUUUGUACAAGUCCUUCAAAUCCUACUUAUUUGAAAGUGGAGGAUAUGCCUUAUGAGUUAUAAAAAAACAUGAUAUUUAAAAUCGGAGAAUUUAAGUUUUUGAUAACAGAUGUUAAGAAUGAAGAGUCUGUAUAUGGCUAGCCUUUAGAUCUAUCAACGACUCAAUCAUUAAAAAAGCUUACAAGAUUAAAUGUUAACAUGGAUAAUGAACCACCUAUACUUGAGCAGUAUAAAACUACUUUAAAUGAAAUAGAUUUACUAGACAAAAGCUAAAAUCAGAGUCAAAACAUUCCGUAUGCGUUAGGACUCUCAUAAGUACCUGAAUUAUACUCAGGUGAGAAUACAAUUAAAACUAAAGAAUAGGAUUUAAAAUCAUCAAAUUAAAGCAAACCAUUCAUUGAAUUUAAAUGCAUAGUAGGAGAGUACAAUCAAAAAUAAGGAGAAGAACCUAAAUUAUUUAGAGAAGAAGUUGUUCAGGAUAAUUAAGUUGUAGUAGUUACAUUUGGUAGAGACUAGCGCAAUAAAUACCCCUUUACUGAUAAAGAAAUUUCUCGUUUCCAUUGUUAAAUAGUUUAUGAUAGUCAAAAGAGAUGGAAAAUCUGUGAGAAAUACAUUCCAGAUUAAAAAAAUUUUUCAUCUGGUGGAACAUUUAUUUAAUUGUAAAAUUACGAAUAAAACCGAAAUGAAUCAUACUCUAACCCUUGUCCUUUGUCGAAAGGUAUGCUUAUACACUCAGAAGGAACUACCUUUAAAGUAAUAUGA